AUGGGAGCUGCUUUGUUGCCUGGUGCAGCAUUUGGGAUUCGUCCCUUUGUUAUAAACCACCCUUUUAUAUGUAGAAGAACAACUUCAUUUGCAGCAAUUAGAAACAGGAAUUGUUUCUUUGCUGAGAAGAGAAUCUCCAGACCAUUUUCUAUUGUUUACUCUGGAGCUUACAUGGUUUUGGAUGUUUUCAUCAUUAUAGAAAAGGAUUCAGAUGAUUCAUUCUCUGAGGCGGUUGUUGGUCAAGAUGGUCAUUUGGGAAGAAGUGAAGCUACGGGGUUAGAAGAUGAAUUAACGAUGACUAAGAAAGCUCUUGUAGUGGCACAAGCGAAACAAGAUGCUCUUGAGAAGGAGAGAGAUCAAUUGCUUGAAAAACUGGCUCAAUCUGAGGCCAAAAAGCCGGAGUACAUGUCAGCCAUUUCUGAUGACAAUGAGGUAGCUAUACCUGAAGUUGAGGCCGCCAAGUCUCUUUUCCAAAAAGCUCUAAAGGAGUCAGUUGAAGAGAGGUUCGCUUUGGAAUCUAAGCUGGUCCUUGCCAAACAAGAUGCUAUUGAUCUUGCUGUGCAGGUUGAAAAGUUAGCAGAGAUUGCAUUCCAUCAGGCAACUAUUCAUAUACUACAAGAUGCUCAACUCAAAAUUUCAUCGGCAGAAACCACAGCCGCUGAAGGAGCUCAUCUAAUUGAAAAGCGAAUCACGGAUGCAACUGAAAGUACAGUAUCAUCCAUUGUGGAAAGGUCAGAAUUUGCUAUAGGGAGAGCCCUAGCUAUAGCAGAAGAAGCGAGUGAACAUGCAAAAAAAACCACAGAAACACUAAUAGAUAAUGCCUCUCCAUUUGAUCAAAUUGCUUCUGUCCAGGCCGAAAAUAUGAAGUUGCAGGGAAUAAUAAGUGAUUUAGAAUCUCAGUUGAUUAUUGCAAGAAAUGAGGUUAAUGGACUGAAGUUGGAAGUGGAACAAACCAGACAACAGCAAAAGGCAUUUGAACAAAGAGCUAUUGAUGCAGAGAGGGCUUUGCUUGAUUUUAAGGAGUCAACUGGGAAAAAUAUUUCGAAGCAGGUAGAGGAGAUCAAGACAUUUAUGAAGAAAAUGAAGAUCGAUGUUACAAAAAGAACAAAGGCAGUUUCCAAGACUUUUAAGACUGACUUGAAGAACAUAAAGACUACUGUUGAAGCUGCAAAACAAAUGGUGCGUUUGAAAGAUUAUGCCUACCUAAAUAGAUUCAAAGCACUUCAGAGAUCAUUAAAAGCUUCAGAAGACGCUUUAAGGGCAUGGAGACAGAGAACUGAAAUGGCGGAAUCAUUCUUAUUGAGGGAAAGCCGGCAAGAUGAAGGGGAUGCGGAUUCCAUCUAUGUUGUUAAUGGCGGACGGAUAGACCUUCUGAAAACUGAUGAUUCUCAAAAAUGGAAACUGCUAAGUGACGGUCCUCGUACAGAGAUACCUCAGUGGAUGGCCAGAAGAAUUCAGGAAAUUUCUACCAAGUUUCCACCAAGAAAAAUUGGUGUAGCAGAAGCAAUGACAUCAAAAUUCAGACCCUUAGAGUUACCUAAAGAAGAUGAAGUAUGGUCCAUUGCACAAGAAAAGCCAAAGCAAGGGGAUGCUUUAGAUGAACAUAUUGAGAGAGAAACACUCGAGAAAAAGCGAAAUGCAUUGGAGACUGCUCUUAAAAGGAAGGGAGACCCUGAACAAACAAAAUUAGAGUCAGCAACUGGAACAGGACGCGAGAUUGUGUUUCAAGCUUUUAAUUGGGAGAGCUGGAGAAGACAGUGGUAUUCUGAAUUAGCUUCUAAAUCUACUGAUCUAUCUCAAGCUGGUAUAACAGCAGUGUGGCUACCACCGCCAACACAAUCUGUUGCUCCCCAAGGUUAUAUGCCUUCUGAUCUUUACAACUUGAAUUCAAGCUAUGGUACUGUGGAAGACCUUAAAAGUUGUAUACAGGAAAUGCAUUCUCAUGAUCUGGUGGUCUUGGGAGAUGUUGUACUUAAUCAUCGAUGUGCACAGAAACAGAGUCCAAAUGGUGUUUGGAACAUUUAUGACGGCAAGCUUGCAUGGGGACCUGAAGCAAUUGUAUGUGACGAUCCCAAUUUUGAGGGCCGUGGAAAUCCGUCAAGUGGUGAUAUAUUCCAUGCAGCACCAAAUAUUGAUCAUUCUCAGGACUUUGUACGGAAAGAUAUCAAGGAAUGGUUAAAGUGGCUUCGGAGUGACAUAGGUUAUGAUGGAUGGAGGCUUGAUUUUGUGAGAGGCUUUUCUGGUACAUACGUAAAAGAAUAUAUUGAAGCAUCAAACCCUGUUUUUUCCAUUGGAGAAUAUUGGGACGCCAUGAAAUAUGAACAUGGAACUUUGUGUUACAACCAAGAUGCUCAUCGACAACGGAUAGUUGACUGGGUCAACGCUACAGGAGGCACUUCAGCUGCAUUUGAUAUGACAACAAAGGGGAUACUUCAUUCUGCUUUGCAUGGUGAAUAUUGGAGACUGAUAGAUCCUCAAGGGAAACCUCCAGGAGUAAUGGGAUGGUGGCCUUCUCGUGCUGUUACAUUCGUAGAGAAUCAUGACACAGGGUCUACUCAGGGUCACUGGCCAUUUCCACGAGACAAGCUCAUGCAGGGAUAUGCAUAUAUCUUGACUCAUGCCGGAACGCCCACAAUAUUUUAUGACCAUUUCUUUGAUUUUGGCAUCCGUGAUGUGAUAACCGAGUUGAUUGAGGCUAGGAAGCGGGGUGGAAUCCAUUGUAGGAGCCCCACGAAGAUAUUCCAUGCUAACAAUGAAGGUUAUGUAGCAAGGGUUGGUGAUUCACUAGUUUUGAAGCUAGGACACUUUGCUUGGCACCCCUCUAGGGAGAACUUGUUGGAUGGUAGCUGGAAAAAGUUUAUUGACAAAAAGACAGAUUACCAAGUUUGGUUGAGAGAAUGAUUUAAUACAAAUGGAUAUAAUAGAUAAACAGAGUAAUAGACAAUGGAUUUCCAUAAUGAUUGAUGGAAUUGAAAAUAGCUUACUGAAUAUAAAGCACAAAGAUCAUAGGGAGAAGAUAAUCUUUUGGUUGUAGUAUAGACACCAACAUUGUAUUAAUCCUGUUAAAAGGGAUUCCCUUAGGUAAUGCCACUUCUAAUUGCUGAAUUCUAUUUGCAUACAUUUUUU